UGACGUGUGAAAGACUUUGUGAUGUUUAUUUCAUAAAAGAUAAAUAAAUCUGCAUUUGUCAAUUGCACAAUAAAACAAUAUGUCGUGCCAACUGUCCGUUCUAUCCGGGUUUCGAGAUAUUAAGGCAGUUAGGCAAUUCCUUUUCCCUUUUCUGAGAGAACAUACGCCAGAAGUUGAGUCUGCAAAUUCUGUGACAGAAGUCGUAGUUUCUGACGAAUGGAAUAAUGACUGGGGUUGGUCCGAAGAUGAACAAGCCAUUCAGAAAGCUGUGGAGUCAUUGGCUGGUAAUAAUGAAGUGGAAGACAACAGUAAAAUGAAGUGGCUUCAAGAUUGUUUAAUUUCUCUAUCACCAGCUAAUGAUAUGAUAACAUUAGCUUUUGAAAACAGAAUAAUUGUUUUAACACAAAAAUGGGAUCCUAAAAAUAAUGAAGAAGAUAUUGAUACAAAGUUUACUAUUGCCUGGAAGAGUGAAUUUACACCAAGUGAACUUAUAACAGCUGUACUUUGUCUACCAUUAGCUUCACAGAAAAGAAGUACCCAUGGUGCACCUGAUUGGACAUGUGUUAUUGUUGGUUAUUCAAAUGGUUAUAUUAAGAUGUUUACAGAGACAGGAGUAUUAUUAUUGUCUCAACUACUUCAUACAGAACCAAUACAGAAAAUAAAAGCUCACACGUAUGAACCACCUCGUUAUCUUGGUAUGGCAGAACAGCAUGAAGAAUUGGUUAUAUUAUAUAGAAAAGCUGUUGUAUCUAUCGAUGGUUUUAGUUUAAUGCAGUCUUUAAGAGCGUGUAGGAAUCAAGUUGCUAGAGCUACAGCAAGUGGAGGAGAAUCUGUUUUACAAGUUCCACCAUUAGCCUAUAAAAAAUGGGGUUUACAAGAUCAAGAUAUUAUCCAUGAUCACAUCAGCUGUGGUCUUCAAUCAUCUAAUCCGUUUGAUCAGAUGAAGACAGCAUCAUUACUAGGAGGAUAUGCUGCUGGUGUUAAAUCAAGUCCACCUGCUGCUACGAUUUAUGUGACGUCUGGUGUUGGACCUUAUGUUGGUUUCUUUUAUGCUGUUGAGGGAAGUGCACCACCUAUUUUAUCAGAAGUUGCUAUGGCAAUGGCCCACAAAAUUAAAAGUGCUUUAAUGUCAGCAGCAAGUGGUUGGUUAGGAUUUGGAGGAAAAGCGAAAGAUGAUUCUAAAGAUAAACAUGUACCUAAAAUAGAACAAGCCACACCCCUACCUCUCAGAUUUAGUUUACCCGAUAGACGAAGAACUGGUAAUAAGAUAGUUUUAUCACCUAAUAGUCAUUACGCUGCUGUUACUGGUAGUUUUGGUCGAGUUAUAUUAAUAGAUGUUGAGAGAGGAAUAGCAGUUAGAAUAUGGAAAGGUUAUAGAGAUGCUCAGGUUGGUUGGAUAAUGAUAAGAGAAGAUGAUGGACAUUCUGGAAGAAAUCCUGAACAUUCACGAGUAGCACAAUUCCUUAUUAUAUAUGCACCCAGGAGAGGUAUCUUAGAGGUGUGGACAGCAGCGAAUGGUCCGCGUGUAGCAGCAUUUAAUGUCAGUAAAUGGUGUCAGUUGGUUUGUCCGUCGUAUGGUGUAAUGGGUUUAAAUAACGUGACCUGCCAGGGAACGAAAUAUCAUUCUUAUCAAUGUGCUCUCAUUGAUACUGACGGUGUUAUUAAAAUAAUAGAUAUUCCCUUUCAUUUAGCUUUAAGUGAUAAAAGUAGUAAGAGAGCUAGAGAUUUACAUUUAUUAAAGAAAUUAAAGGCCUUGUUAAAGGAGACAACAGAAGAAUCUGAAGCUGUUGAUUCAACCAUUACUGAAUUAAUUCUUGAUAUUAGAAUAGCUAACAUAGCCAAACAGGGUGUUGAAAGAAUACUGGCUGCUAAAUAUCUUUCACCUAAAUUUAUGAAAAGUGUAAUCAAGGCUUGUAUAAAGAAAAUAAGUGGUAAAGGUGAUAUAAAUCAAGAUAUUGAUAGUCGAUUAUUUCUACGAUAUUGUCAAUCACAAGAUUGUCUACUACAGAGUUAUAAUAUGAUACAAGGUUUCUCUACUAGUGGCAAUAGUCCUGAUACAUCACCAGAGUGUUUGUGCCGUCUGCUUGGUGUGACACCAUCAGAAUUAGAAUCUAUACAAUCUAGUCUAGAUAGUGAUAUGAAAACUACAACAACCACCCCAGAUAAACGUGUUCAAUUUAAAGACAACAAUUCUACGUUACCUAUUACAUCAUAUUUACGAUGUUUUGAAUGUCAAGUUCACUUGUCAGAUCAUGAUGCCAGUAAAUUUACUUCUAUAUCCGUUAUAAAGUCUCUGUCAUCUGAUAGACGACUUGCAUUAGCUACGUUUAUAUUUGAUAGAUGUAUUUGUGGGAGUGUUUCUUCUAGUGAUCUAAGUGUAAUGUUACAAGAUAGUAAUUUACCACCAGACAACAUUAUGAAUUUAUUAUUAUUAUACUGGUUAUCUAUUAAUGAAAGAUAUAUAUGGUCUAUACCUAAUUUACAUCAUGUUAUAAAAUCUAUAACAGCCAUGACAGAUAAGAGUGAUGUACUGGUAGAUAAUAAUGCUAUAUCACCAUGGUGGCAGAAAGUGAGAGAUCAGUGUAGCCAUAGCGACCAUAUCCAAUCGGCUUACAUUGCAGCUUUAACUUGUAAAGGGGUUGCAACUGAAAUGCUUGGAAACCAAACUAAAGCAAAAGAUCCUGAUGCUGACACAGCUAGUUGUAACUCUGAUAAAACUGAUUUAUCUGAGUGGGAAUCUCUAACAGUCGACAUGGAACAUUGGAAUGUUCUAGUUAAACAAUUAGAUGAUGUACUGGCAAUUAGCCAUCUGUUACAAUUCAAACUACCAACCAAUCAGCAUAGCAAUGUAACUAAAUUAGAACCAAUCACAGUGUCUGUUACAAAAUUACUCGAAGGUGGCAGAGGUUCAAUAUCAGAAAUAGUAGCGAGGUAUGCAAUGAGACUAGGAUUGGGUCCUCGUUCCUUGUAUCGUAAACUCACGCUAGUCAAUAAUCAUACAGACGAUUCUAGUCAACAGAUCACAGAAACUGAUAUAGAUGCUGAGGAAGAAGUUAAAACACCUUUAGAGCAGAUACAAGAUCAGUUACAAGUAUUGAGAGAAAGAUUUCCACAUAGUUUAGAGAAUGAUAUAUUAUUAUCUAAUUGUUGUUGGGAAUAUGCUGCUCAAUGGAACAGAGAGCCAGAGAUUGUGAAGAAUUUAGAAUUAUCAGUAGAAUAUUUGAAAUUGGUGCAAAAUGCUUUACUUAGACAAGGUGUAUGUAGUUUAUUAUGGCACAUGUUUAUAUUAAAAAGAUUCUCAGCUGCAGUUUAUCUCAUGGACAAGGUUGGUAAAGUUCCUAAAGAAAGGUUAUGUAGAAAGGAAGUAGGAAUGAGUGAUACAGAUUUAUUAUCAUUUAUUGGUUCGACAGCAGAUGUCUUACAAAUUACCAUGGAUGCUAAUGCUGACUGUCGUAUAGAAUUUACACAAAUUCCUGUCAGAAGACGAUCGUAUACUGUAAGAUAUUUCAUCUCUAGAAAUGAUGUUUGA